AUGAAUAAAUUAAUCAUUGCUUUAAUUUUAAUUAUUUGUAGCAUUUCAAUUUCAUUUGCACAAACCACUACUCCAACUAACUCACCAGCUCCAUCACCAAAAGUUGGCUGUGAUUUAUGUGAAUUUGCUGUUUCAUUUGGCGAAUUCCUUGUAAAAAAUGAUAAUUUAACAAAAGCUCAAUUAGAAACAGAUUUAAAAAAUAUUUGCACUUUAGUACCAUCAAAUAUUACAAUGGAGUGUAAAUUCUUUAUGAUAUUAGCAGCUCCAAUUAUUGCUGGUGCUAUUUCUAAUGGUGAAAAUCCACAAACACUUUGCUCUGACUAUAAAUUAUGCACAACAACAACACAACAAACACCAACAACCAACAAUUAUAGUAAUCAACCAAACAUCAAUAUUAUGAAAAACAAAAUUAAAGAUAUUUUUGUGGAAUCAACUAACAAUAUUAUUGAACCAAAAGAAAAAGUAACAAUGAGAAGAAAUUUUUAA